AUGGCGCUGUUCAAUGCCGGCAAGGCCCGGCCAGCGCUCUCCAUCUUUAGCAUCUUUGCUCUCCUAUCUGUGGUGCUCUUCGGUGCCAUAGCCACAGCCUCGCCCGGCGGAAAGCUACACAGGUUCCAGAAGCUCGCCGAUGCGGACCGUCAGUCGUAUCUCAUCGGCGUGGGAAAGGCUGAUAUCACGGGCCCCGUGGUCGAGAUUGGCUUUGCUGGAUAUGCCAACUUGGACCAGACGGGAUCUGGCCUUCGCCAGCGUCUAUACAGCCGUGCCUUUAUCAUUGCGGACAAGAACAACCCCAACGACCGCUUUGUCUACCUGGUCCUCGACACGCAGUCCGGGGACACGGCCAUGCGGAAUGGUCUCCUAGACGGCCUGAAGGCUCUAGGUAGUGAAUAUAGCGUCUACGGCCAGAACAACAUUGCUCUGACGGGAACUCACAGCCACUCUGGUCCCGGCGCCUGGUUCAACUACCUGCUGCCACAGAUCACCUCCCUUGGCUGGAGCCAGCAGAGCUACCAAGCCAUUGUCAAUGGUGCUGUUCUGUCCGUACAGCGUGCCCACCAGAGCCUCCAGGAAGGCUAUCUCGAUGUUGGUACAACUGAAAUUGCCGAUGGUGCCAUCAACCGCUCAAUUUGGGCGUACCUGAACAACCCAGAGGAGGAGCGAGCUCAGUAUGACGCAGAAACUGAUAUUACCAUGACUCUGCUCCGCUUCCAGCGUGCCUCUGAUGGCAAGAAUAUUGGUGUCUUGACUUGGUUCCCUGUCCACGGCACUUCCCUCCUUGGCAACAACACUCAUGCUGCUGGUGACAACAAAGGUGUUGCUGCCUGGCUCUUGGAGAGCGCCAUGAAGAAUGACCCCACUGCCGCCCCUGGCUUCGUGGCCGGUUUCAGUCAGGCUAAUGUUGGCGAUACCACUCCCAACGUCGGCGGUGCUUGGUGCGACGAUGGCUCUGGCCAGCAGUGUAGUCUUGAGAACAGCACCUGCGCAGAUGGCAAGUCACAGAGCUGCCAUGGUCGAGGACCCUUCUUCCAAGCCUUGGAUCUCGGUGUCAAGAGCUGCUAUGAAAUGGGCCGCAGGCAGUUUGCUGGAGCCCAGACUAUCUAUAACAAUCUGAAAUCAUCUACUACAGCGGUUUCCGGGUCUACAGUCAAAGCUUUCCACUUCUUCCAGGAUAUGCGGUACUUCAACUUUACGCUGCCAGACGGAACCAAAGCUCAGACUUGCCCGGCUGCUCUUGGCUUCUCUUUUGCUGCCGGAACUUCUGACUGGCCUGGUGCCUUUGACUUCGUUCAGGGAGACUCCGGUGCACCAAACAACCCCUUUUGGUCACUUGUUGGAGGUCUGCUCAAAGCACCAGGCCCCCAGCAAGUUGCGUGCCAACAGCCCAAACCUGUUCUUUUGGAUGUUGGUGAGAUAUCGACGCCUUACGCCUGGACCCCCAAUAUCGUGGAUAUUCAGGUGCUCCGCGUAGGCCAGCUUGUCAUCAUUGUCAGUCCCAGUGAAGCUACCACCAUGGCUGGCCGCCGCUGGAAGGCCGCAGUUGCAAAGGAAGCGGCCACAUUCCUUGACGAGGACCCCAUUGUCGUCUUGGGUGGUCCAGCAAACAGCUAUUCUCAUUAUUGCGCAACUCCUGAGGAGUACGAUAUUCAGCGCUACGAGGGUGCUUCGACCCUCUUCGGUCGUAAUGAGCUCAACGCCUACAUCAAUCUCACCGUCAGCAACUUGCAUUACCUCCAACCUAGCUCGACCAGCAAACCCUCCCAAGGUGUUCUCCCCCCGGACAAUCGUAAUAGCAUGAUCUCAUUCAUUACCGACGUUGUCCAGGAUAACUCACCACUGGGCAAGAGCUUUGGCAGCGUUUUGGUGCAGCCAAACCCGACGUAUAAUGUCGGUGAUAUUGUCAACGUCACAUUCCAGGCUGCUAACCCACGUAACAACCUCCGUCAGGAACAAACCUUUGCGGCAAUCGAGCAGCAAGGCAGCGGCGGAACGUGGACGCAGGUACGUGACGACUCAGAUUGGUUCCUGGUCUACACGUGGCGAAGAACCAACUUCGUUUUGGGGUACAGCGAGGUGGAUAUUACUUGGGAGACAUACGGCAAUGCACAGCCGGGGACAUACCGCGUCAAGUAUUACGGUGAUUCCAAGGCACUGUUUGGAGGUGUAUCGUCGUUUGUAGGAACGAGCAAUAGUUUUACGCUCAAGUGAACGAAGUGUAGGGCUGGGUUUAAUCUGCUUGAACUAGUUUCUGCUUUGAGCAUGAACGUUCAGACGAGACAUUGGAUUAGACGAAUGAAAUUUGAUGGCCUC